CCUAAGGCUCCCAAGCCCCACCAUGAGAAGCCUAAGAAGCCCGAGACUCCCAAGGGGCCUUCUUACGAGCAGCCCAAGGCUCCUAAGCCUCACCACGAGAAGCCCAAGAAGCCCGAGACUCCCAAGAAGCCUGAGUACAACCAGCCCAAGGCCCCCAAGCCUCACCACGAGACUCCCAAGAAGCCCGAGUACAACCAGCCCAAGGCUCCCAAGCCCCACCACGAGACCCCCAAGGCUCCUAAGCCUCACCACGAGACCCCCAAGAAGCCCUCUUACGAGCAGCCCAAGCAGCCCGCUUACGAGGCUCCCCACUACUAG